AUGGGUCACUCAUACGGAAAGAGAGCGGGCACCCGCUAUGCCUUCAGCCGGGACUUCCGCAAGAAGGGUAUGAUUGCCCUGAACACCUACCUCCGACAGUACCGCGUUGGAGAUAUCGUCGACAUUAAGGCGAACGGUGCCGUCCAGAAGGGUAUGCCCUUCAAGGUCUACCACGGAAAGACUGGUGUCAUCUACAACGUCACCAAGUCCGCUGUCGGUGUCAUCAUCUACAAGCAGGUCAAGCACCGAUACAUCGAGAAGCGAAUCAACGUCCGAAUCGAGCACAUCUCGCAGUCCCGAUCUCGUGAGGACUUCCUCAAGCGAGUCAAGGCUAACGCCGAGGCCAAGCGUGAGGCCAAGGCCACCGGAACCGUUGUCCAGGUCAAGCGUCAGCCCCUUGGACCUCGUGGCGCCCACACACUGUCGCUCUCCGAGAACCCCCCCAUGACCGUUACCCCUCUUGCCUACGAGACCACGAUCUAA